AUGUCCGUCAUCGACCUCUCCCAGCCUUUGUCCGAUGUUCUCCGGGAAGGCACCAAGAAAGCCCACGAGGAGGUCGAGGUCAGCCCUGCGGCGUCUGCGAUGCUCAAGGGAGAGCUGGCCAAGGAGGAAUACGUCCGCUUUCUCAUGAUGUUAUGGCACAUUUACGACACCUUUGAACGGGGUCUCGAGCGCCACCAGAACCACCCCGUCCUCGAACCGACAUACAACCCAACCCUCCUCGCUCGCGCCCCCCACCUCUCGGCUGACAUUGCCCAUCUGCUGGGCGUUACCGAGUCGCAGUGGAAGUCCCACCGAAUACACGCCCAAUUAACGGCCAAUGGGACACUGCCACCGGCAUUGGCGACAUAUACCGCGCGGAUUCAAGAGAUUGCGGACUCGUCUGACCCGUCGGCGCUCUUGGCACAUGCCUAUGUUCGAUACCUCGGUGAUCUUAGCGGUGGACAGACCAUUCAGCGCGCCUUAGCCAAGGCCUACGGCUUAACAAUGGGAGGGGCGGGUUUGUCAUUCUACUCAUUCAAAGAACUGCACUCUUCGAAACCUGCAAGCAUUGGGGAAAUGAAGAAGAUCAAAGACUGGUUUAGGGCUGGGAUGAACAAAGGCGCUGGGGAUAAUAUGGACGUCAAGGCUGCGGUCAUGGAGGAGGCCUCCCGCGUGUUCGAAUUUACGGGCACGAUAUUCAAGGAGGUCGAUCGCCACCGUGCAGAUGCCAAGUCCCGCGUUGUCUUUGAGAAUAAAGAUGACGAGCCCAGAAGCUACCCGCUCGCCAGCGUCAUUUCUGUCAUCCUUGCCAUCUGUGUCGCGCAUUUCGCGCUGACUGUCUUCGGAUUUACUGGCGAGCGCGGCUACGAGAAACUGGUCAUGGUCGAGGAGUGGCUGGCGGGUCUCGGUGGUGUUCGCAAGCCAGAGUAA